ACGUGUCCGUUGUCUCGCGAUAUUAUCUCGAGAGUGGGCGGAGUUAGGGACAUUGUUCACGAGAGCGGAGGCGGCGCAGAAAACAAAAGGUGAUCAGUCGUGUGUACUUUUUAAAUUAGAAAUGGCGAACUACAUCAGAUUUGGAUCCAGUAAUGGUCCGUGCAAGACGGCUGCAGCUGAGAGAGCAGAGCUGCCAGAGGAAACUGAUGUGAAAGGAAACUUUGACCCAGACAAACUUCUGCAGUGUCCUUUUGACAAGAACCAUCAGAUCCGGGCCUGCCGCUUCCCUUACCAUCUUAUAAAGUGCAGGAAGAAUCAUCCCAAACUGGCCAGCGAGUUGAAAACCUGCCCUUUCAACGCUCGCCACCUGGUGCCGAAGUCUGAGCUGACGCACCACACCGCGACCUGUGAGGACAGGAUAUCGUUGGACGCCGAUGAUGGUGGAAGCACAAACGGACACUGGAAAAGUCAGAUUCCAGUCAGCACCUGGGUGAACACGAACACAACCGAGGACUGGGACGAAGAGGCUGAUGACGCGGCUCCCGCAUUUAUUUGGGGUGUAAACACGAUGGCGAAGCCAAAACAGGAGACAAGCCCCACCAACAAUCUUGGUCCCACUUUUAGAACCCCUAACACCCUCCCCUGGUCUAGGAUGUAAACCUUUACUGCACAUGGCCAAAUAGCAUCUCAGUGUAGGCCUGCUGUGUGUAUAUGUGUGCAUGGAUGUUUCUCUUUAAAACUGUUCUUAGGUUUUUCAUUAAAGUUUUUAGUCCUCACAGUU